AUGAUAGAAAUAUAUGUUCAUGAUGACAAAGAUGAUAUAGACUUUAGACAGUCUCAUAAUUCGGGCGUAUCAGUAUCACCUGAGCGUAUCACUAAAUUAGGAAUAAUUGCUGGUCAUUAUAGAUCCAUUUGUGAGGUCAAUAACUUAGCUAGUGAAAGAAAUUACAAGAAUAGGGAUUGUAUUACUUUAAAUGUAGAAACUUUCAAUAAUGAAGAGGCGCAAUUACUUGCCAAAUUAAAUAUCUUCUAUGAAGAACAUUUACAUGAAGAUGAAGAGAUUCGUUACUGUGUUGAAGGAUCAGGUUAUUUUGACGUCAAGGACCCGACCAAUAACGAAUGGAUCCGUUGUAAACUGUAUCCCGGUGAUCUUUUGAUUAUUCCUGCAGGAAUUUAUCAUAGGUUUACACUUACCACGGACAAUUUCAUUAAAGCUGUAAGAUUAUUCAAAGAAGAACCAAAAUGGGAAGCUCACAAUAAAUCAACGGUAACAGAUCAAUUGCCGAUAAGGAAACAGUAUUUAAAAACUAUAAAACCUUGA